AUGGACUUCCAACCCACCCUUCCCAUUCCAAUCUCUUUCAUUUCUGGUAGAUACCUACUGUUUUCCAUUGACGCUGUCACGUACUUGAGGCGCGAACACAACACAUGUGGUGUCCUGAUUGGAACAUUGCCCCAAAUCCCACAGCAAAAUGUGUUUCUGGGGUUGCCACUAGAGUUGAUGCCAGAGGAGGCACGAUUGUUGGUGGACAAGGGUGUAGCUUGCAUUGUAGACGAAGCCAAGGCACAAAAUGAUGGCAUGCAAUCUCUUCUAGAGGAAGAUCGCCGACAGUACCUGCGUGAAUUAGAAUCCCAAGGACUCCAGGCUGCCCGUAUCGUCGCAGGGCGCAAGGAACAGCAGAAAGAAGAUUAUUUCAAAAAACAACUCGAGAAGAAGGCAAAGAAAAAGUCCAACGUACACUCUAAAGAAACUUCGAAUUGUGAUACAAUCACAUCGCCAGCUGGGCCUUCGACUGCCAAUGAUGAGCCAGCUUCGUUAGGUGAUUUUUUCGUCGGCGACCCUUCCAGCUCUCGAGGUCCCUCUACUAGUACGCCUAAUCCCCAGCAGACCUACGGCGUCACACCUACAACAUCCUACCCUCCGCUCCCUCAUCCAUCCACAUCAUCGGAGCUCAUCCUUUCACGGCCCGAUGUACCGCUAUCAUACCCUCUUUUUGCUCACAUGCACUCUCGUGGCUAUUUCUUGUCCCCCGGUCUGCGUUUCGGAUGCCAAUAUGUUGCAUAUCCGGGAGAUCCUCUUCGGUUCCAUUCUCAUUUCCUCGUCGUGUCGGCAGAAUGGGAUCAGGAGAUCAAUUUGAUGGACAUCAUUAUUGGUGGUCGAUUGGGAACCGGCGUCAAGAAGGGAUUUCUCUUGGGCGGCCCUCAAUUGGAAAGACCUGAGGACGGUUCUGAAAUCGAACGCACAGAAAGUGUGCGCACGUUUAGCAUCGAAUGGGCGGGUAUGUAG